CAACCCCAAGAUUCAAUAUAGCUCUCACAUGUUGAUUCAGUUUCUUCAAGCGCCUUCCAUAACGCAACCAAAAGCAAUCAAACACAUCCAUCACCAAAAACCACAAUGUCUUCAGCAGCCAAAACCGUCACCCUCCGACGCCUCGAAAUCAUCGCCUUCCCACCGGCCUUUAUCCUCCUCCUCGCCCAUGGCAUCGCAUCCGAGAGGGCCUUCCCGGCCCUUGGUCUCCUCCCACUAGCCGCCUCCUCAGUCCUCGGCCUCUUCGUCUUGAAUCGCGAUGCCGUUGCCGCCAUCGGCUCCCCGAUUCAAGCCCUCUCCGAAUCCAACAUAUUCUGGGCCGACUGCCUCCUCGCGGUCUUCCACCUCUCGUUCCUGGUUCCGAGCUGGAUUCUCUUGACGGAUAGUAUGAGGUGGGAAGAGUCCCUCAUUGUAUUGGGGACAUAUUGCACGGUAUUUAUGAUGUUCGACUUGGGCGUGCAUCUGUACAUUAUUCUGCCGCAGGCUAUGCAUUUUCUUGUCAGCCGCAGCUGUGACUGCCCCCACUGCCGUAGUGUCACCAAGACGGGAUACUUCUCGUCCACCGUGUCCGAGUACACGCCACUUAGCGACGGCGAUGAGCCGGAGAUCACGAUUCACACAGCUUACACAAGCCCCGUUCGACACAUCCCGGGCCCCUGGCACACCCUCCUCACCCAUCUUCCCUUGAGGUACCACAUCCUCACUGGUCGGCGAAUGUAUUACAUUCACGCGCUGCACGCCUCUUACGGACUCGUGGUCCGCAUCUCCCCCCACGAAGUAGCCGUAGCAGAUCCAGCAGGCUUCACCGCAAUUCAUCGCAUCGGGGGCGGAUUCCUCAAGGCGCCGUGGUACGAGGAGUCCAACGCGCCUGACGGAGGCGAGCCGAGUAUCUUUGCGAUGCGGGACCCUAGGAAACAUGCGAUGCGCAGAAAACUACUGGGCAGUGUCUUCACAAAGGCUUCGCUCAGAAAAGACUGGGAGGGCGUCGUUAGAGAAAAGGUUGAGAUGGUCGUGGGCAAGAUACGUGGAGAGGCGGAGGGAGGGGGGUGCUCGGAUGUGUUGAAGUGGUUCACUAUGAUGGCGACCGAUGUCGUGGCUCACUUGUGUUUCGGGGAGUCUUUUAAGAUGCUAGAAAUGGGCGAGAAAAACGACUAUAUGAAGAUGCUGGAACUCAUCUCGGUCCAAAACAUCACGCGCUACGAGCUGCCCUGGCUGCACAUCAUCCGCGCCCACCUACCUUUCCUCAAAUCAUCGAAAGACCUCGUCGACGCACAAGCUGUCCUCGACAGCUACGGUAAACGAGCUCUGGAGAGUCUACGCCAGAAUAGUGGCCGCGGCAGGACGUUGUUUGCGACCUUAUUGGACGCCCUCGAUGCGGACAAAACCGACGACGGUAAAAAGAACGCCGACACAAAUAAGAAGCUCACCGAGGAAAUGGUGCAAAGAGAAAGUCGAAGCAUGAUCAUCGGCGGCUCGGACACGACAUCUAUCACGCUGGCGUAUCUAGUCUGGGCGGUUGUAAAACGACCUGACCUCAGAGUAAAGUUGGAAGAGGAGGUCGCGAGAUUGAGCCCCAACUUCGACGAUGAUGCGCUGGAAAAGCUUCCGUUGCUCAACGCCGUGAUUAUGGAGACAUUGAGGCUGUACGGCGCCGUUCCGGGUCAGCUGUCGAGGUCGGUGCCAGCGGGCGGCGCUACGCUCGGGGGAUACUUUGUGCCCGGCGGAGUCACGGUGGAGACGCAAGCGUACACACUUCACCGGGAUCCGGAGGUAUGGCCGGAUCCCCUACGCUUUGAUGAGACGCGAUUCCGAGACCAAAGCAAACUCACUCCAAACCAAAAGCUCUUUUUUUCGCCCUGGGGCGCCGGCUCGCGAAUCUGCCUCGGCGUCGAGCUCGCCAGAAUGGAACUUAGAUUGGCCGUGACCAUGCUCUUUCGGGAAUGCAGGGGUCUGAUGGUGGCGCCUGGGAUGACGGAUGAGAUGAUGGAGAUGGAGAACUUCUUCAUGAUCAGCCCUGUCGGGCACAAGUGCGAGGUGACUUUACCCUGA